AUGAAGACAGUUCUGGCACUCUUAACUGAAAUUUCUUUACUUCACAUUUAUUCUUCAAAUCCUGUGAGCCAUCCAAGAAACUGGCUCAGACAAUGUCGCGAUUCCACCAAACUUUCUGUCCCAGCAAUGGAGGUUCUGCCAGGGGGAGGAUGGGACAACCUCCGGAACAUGGACAAGGGCCGUGUGAUGAACAUCAGCUACUUCCAAUGCCAAACCACUGAGGAUGGUCUUUACCUCGUCCCAGAUGAGGUGUUUGUCAUCCCAAAGAAGGAAACAGGCCUUGAGACCAACUCAGAGAUAAUCAGUUCUUGGCUGGAGCAGAAAAGCACCACAUCUCACUCCAUAAAUGCUGAUGUAUCAUUCUUCUCAAAGCUGAAUGGCAAAUUUUCUUCAGAAAACAAAAGAAUGAAAGACCAUCAGGUCAAAGAUUCCUCGAAAACAGCCAGAGUACAGGUCCGUGAUUUCAUCUACACUGUCAAAGCUUACCCAGACUUCACACUGGAUUCCCGCUUUGCUCAGCAAGCCAAAGAAAUUGCUGAUGCAAUUGCAAACAAUCAGACGAGGGAUGCAAACUAUCUCUCAGAGAAGAUGGUGCUGGACUAUGGAACCCAUGUUAUCACCAGUGUAGAUGUUGGGGCAUUGCUGGUGCAGGAAGACUAUCUCCGUUCCUCUUAUGUUUCAGACAGUUCUUCAGAUACCUCCACUCUAAAAGCUCAGGCUGGGUUAAACUUUUUUGACAAACUAAAAUUUGAUAUCAGCAGUCAGUCUAGCCAACAAAGCUCAUCACUUCAAACAUACAAGUCCAAUAUUCAGUACUCCCUCAUCCAAAGCCAUGGGAGCAUUCCUUUUUAUCCUGGAAUCACUUUGCAGAAGUGGCAAGAAAAUACCAGGAAUAAUCUGGUUGCUAUUGAUCGAUCAGGAUUUGCCCUCCAUUAUUUUAUUAACAGGAAUACUAUUCCUGACCUCCCAGAACCUACAGUUGCCAAAGUGGCUAAUAAAGUAAAAGAGGCAAUAGGGCUUUACUAUGAAGUCAACACCCGUCCUGGGUGUGUUGACGUCAAUUCUAAAAACUUCAACUUUCAAGCCAAUGUGGAUGACAACUCAUGUGAUGGUCCAGCCACCAACCUUAGUUUUGGAGGAGUUUACCAAGUAUGUACCAAACUCACUGCAGAUGCUGAUCCACUUUGUGAUAGACUUGCCCAGAAAAACAUAGAGACAGGUGAUAACUCCUGUCGCUAUCCUUAUACCCCAACUUUACUGCAAUCAGAAGAGAGACAGGAGGGUUAUUAUGAAGAUGUUGAAUUUUUUAAAGUCUGGCAUGUAAAAAUGUGGACCAUACGCUCUGCUCGUAUUGAUACGUACUGGUGUUCUAUGAAUAGAAAAGCAUCAGAAAACUCUGGAUAUCUGUUUGGUGGCAUAUAUGGCCCCUCUUUCCUGAACCCCAUCACCAAAUCCAAAGGCUGUCCUCCAAACUUUAUCCCAGUAAAGUUCCUAUCGGAUGGCCAAAACAUCUGUGUGAGUAAUGACUAUGAGACCGGAACAAGGUACUCUGUACCAUUUGGAGGUCUCUUCAGCUGUAAAUCUGGUAACCCACUGGCUAAAAAUCAACACAGAUGCCCUCCCAAGUUCAGUCAACAUGUAGCUAGUAUCAGUGAUGGUUGUGAAAUUCUUUACUGUGUCCAGUCUGGAUUGUUCACAGGGGGUGAGCUGCAACCAAUCCAUCUUCCUCCAUUCCGAAAAACUCCUCUUCUCAGCUUGCAACCCACCAACAAAGUGAUGGUGAUAACUGAAGGAGAAAAGAGCUGGGUCAGGCUGGGUCAGACUAAAGCAUGGACAUUUGUGAAGUCAGAGGAAAUCCCAGAACUUAUUAGGAAGUUCAACUCAGAACUGAAUGAGAUGUCAAGUACAGAGAAAGGAGGAGUGGCUUUUGGAGUGAUGGGUUUUAUAGGACUGGUGGUCAUAGUGGCAGUGAUUGUGGUUAGGAAGAGGAGGAGGUACUCUGGUCUGAGGGCACAAGGAUAUGUGGAAAUAGGUGAAGUAACAGAGAGGGAUGCACUCAGAGAAGAAGCUUAAAACAAUAUUAAAUGGAUUUAGAUUUUGCUUUUAAUUGUACAUAAUUAUCUCAGAACCUUUGCUUUCCAAGAAAAUGA